GCCCACAACACCAGUGCCACCGCCCACAACACCAGUCCCAUCGCCCACCACACCAGUCCCACCGCCCACCACACCAGCAAGUUCAACAUUCUUAACAGGAAGACAAAGACUAACAGCCUUGACGGCAGGAUCACCCUUAACAGCAUGACCAACAGCCCUAACAUCAAAACCAACAGCCUAAACAGCAAAACCAACGGCUUUAACAGCAAGACCAACGGCUUUAACAGCAAGAUCAACGGCUUUACCACCAAAACUAACGGCCUUAACAGCAAGCUCACUAGCCUUAACAGCAAAAUCAAUGAACUUAACAGUAAGAUCAACGGCCGUAAAAGUAAGACCAACGGACUUAACAGCAUCAACAGCAGCAAAACCAAUAGCCACACCAUCAAAUCCAACAGCAUUAACAGCAAGACCAACAGCCUCAGCAGUAACAGCAGCUGCGACAGUAAGACCAGCAGCAGCAGCGUCAAUAGCACCAAGAGCCUUAGAAAUCUGUUCUUGCGAGGAAACGUCUUCAGUAGCAGCUUCACCUUCGGCAACAGCAGCAGCACCACCACCAGCAGCAGCAGCAGUACAGAGGGCCGGGUACUACCCUCUGACAGCACCGUCACUAGCACCAACAUCGUCAUCAUCGGUGAUAAAGGCGUUGGUAAAUCAGCCAUCGCUGUGCGCUUCCUCACCCGACGAUACAUCGGCGAGUACAGCUCCGACACAGAUAUGAUGUACCAGCACGAGACCACUGUAGACCACGAGCCUGCGCAUCUCCACCUGCUCGACGCAGCCACUGCGCAGACCUCACACCAGUUUCUGCGUCACCUAGCCUGGGCUGACGCCUUUGUCGUUGUCUAUGAUGUCACCAGUCGCACCUCUUUUAUCCACGCCCGUCACCUACUCCACCUCCUUCAAGCCCACACCCGCAUGCCCUCACACACCCAAGCUGCAGAUGCCCAUGACGGUUACACCAAAAACAACCAUAAUGCACACAUCAGGAGUGGCCAUGAAAUACACACUACAAGUGGUCAUAGCACUCCUGUUGGAAAUGAUCCAAGCACAAACACUGUAUUUGGCCAUGACCCACAGACUCCCCGAAGACACAACAUCAAGAGCGGAGUGAAUGUACGGAGUCACAGUGGCAAAAACGCACACACCAAGGGUGGUAGCGAGACACAUGGCCAAGACCCACACAGCCCAGAGAGCCAGGACACACUCCCUUGGAGUACCCCUGGUCUUCACACCCGACCUGCUAAAACUCUCCGGCAAACUAGUCAUUCCCGUCUAAUGCACGGUCACCCUACGUACCAAGCUGUAAAAGGUGACCAAACUGAACCCAGCUGUAGAUAUUUUAACAAUGGCAACUCAUCUACUUUGAUCAUUCCAGAGGUGUCAUCACAGGGCAGCCAUCAUUGUAACCGACCUCCUGGCUACUCUCUUCCUGUUGACACUCAAAGUCAACCUGUCAACCAUGUCAGCCACCACACCAAUAACUAUUGUUGUCACAUCAAUAGCCCCAGUCAUUAUAACAGCAACCAUAGUCAAAACACGGACAGCCACCGUCGUCACAUCUACAGACACCAGAGACAGACUAGUCACAGUCAAGACACCAACUCAAAUCACAACUCUGACACAUACAACCAUCAUACCUGUGGCGUCCACUUCCACAAUAAACAUGACACUUAUACCAGCGUAUACAACUAUGUCAACAAACAUGAUCUCCAUAUCAAUAUCCAAAAUUCUGUUCAUUCUGCUGGAAUGAAUUCACAACAUCCUAUUGAGUCUGGUAGUAAGCAAGAGAGAACACCACCACCACCUUGUACCACUAGCCUGCCACACCAGGAUCACCUACAAAUAAGUAAUUAUCAAACCCAAACUGGAUAUCUUAGCCAAGCCGUGUUAUGUAUAAAUUCAACAAGAGUGCGCCACAGAGACCACAGUCCUGACCAUAAUCAUCUGAAAGGUCAUAGUCAUGACAAUAAUCAUUUGAAAGGCCAUAGUCCUGACCAUAGUCACCCGAGAGGCCACAGCCCAAGCCAUAGUCAUCUGAGAGGCCAUAGUCAUUUGAGAGGCCACAGCCCAGACCAAGGUCACCUGAAAGGCCAUAGUCAUCAUACAGGCCAUAACUCCGACCAAAGUCACCUAAGAGGCCAUAGACGUGACCACAGUCACCUGGGAGGCUACAGCCACGGCAACAAUCGCCUGAAAGGCCACAACCCUGACCACAGUCACCUGAGAGACCACAGCUCAGAUCAUAGUCACCUGAAAAGCCACACCACACUGCUUCUGGGCAACAAACGUGACUUGGAGCACUUCAGAUGUGUGUGGACUGACGAAGGUGAGGCUCUCUCGCUAGAAUUCAGUUGCCAGUUUUAUGAGGUAUCUGCAGCCGAGUCUCUGCUGGGAGUACAUCUAGCAUUCCACUCCCUACUGAAGGAGGCCCGAGCACUACAGUUCAUCAGGAAUCUGCCGCAACCAAACCCAAAGACCCCAAAGAGCAUGGUGUCAUCUGCAGUGUCGAAGGUCAUUGGCAACUUCUUCACAAGAGCAGGAAGUGGUCGUAAAGAGAGACAAUCAAACAGCAUCUGAUUAUUUAUCAUAGUAGAUAUUUUAUACACUGUUAAAACAGAACAAGUCAUCUCCCAUGUUUGCCUUCAGGCAUCUUGUACACAACACAGUCAGCACUCACACCCCUUUACUGGAAACAACACAAAAUGCUUACAUAUUCGGUAAUAAAAAGCUUAAUUCUAGCAGAAUAAAACAAUAUUUCCUAUAGUGUAAUUAAAAUGAACUCUGUUAUUGAAACUCUCAUUUUAGUGAGAACUCAUCCUAGGUGCUCUGUGAGACAAUUUUAUUGCACUCAAGUGAGCAAUGCACAACAGAGUAAAUAUGUACAAUAAUUGUGAUUGUAUUGUGUUAGUUAAAAAAACACAACAGACUUCAAGAUGGAAUUGAUAAGUGAAUAUAGAUACUGAAAAGUGAAUUGUCAGAGAAAAAUGUGGGUAUUUUUUUCAGUGUGAUCUCAUUUUCUAUCCAAUAUAAAACUACAUACAAUACACAUAAAAAUUCCUCCUUAACAGCACACAUCCUCAUUCAUUUGUUUUAUUUUCAUCUUUGAUUCUUAUAUAUGUUGUCACUUAUAUGAAUCAACUAAGGUCUUAUAAGUUCUGUUUUCUGGUAUGCUCAUUCAACUCCUAAGUCACCCAUACUUUUCAUUAUAUUUUUGUCGUACAGAACAUAGUAGUAUGUUAUGACCCUGUAGUACUCUGACACAUCUUGGUAGAUCAGUACCCUAGCAUUCACCCUUAUUGUUCUUUUGAAAUAGUGUCAACUAGUGAAUGUAUUGAAGAUUCACUACAUGACUUAGGGAGAUUCUUCAAGGAUCCUGUCUUUAUUAAGUUGUUGAAUGGAAUUUAUUAUGUGGUCAUUGAAGGUGUCCUACUUUCUCCUAAAGAUACAGAAGUGGAGAUAAUGUGAAGUACAGUAUUGGACACUAGUAGUUCAAGGACAGGAUUAUAAAUAAUUCUUUUACCUAAUCUCAUAAAAUCUUCUUCUGUAAUGGCUAAACUCAAGGGCAAGCAUAAACACCCAUUACAGGAGUACUGGGUUUGUGGAUAUAGAACCUGAUGAUCAACUCAAUAGUAGUAAGUCUGAAUGGACUACAAGGCAAACCCCACCAUGUAAGGGGUAGUUGCAACAAGUAACACUGUCACUGCCAUGCAUGAGCCUUCCUGUCAGACCUAAGAAAAGUUUGUAUACCUUAUGUCACUACCUGCAGGGUUUUCAAUGGAUAUUUUGAUUAACAUAGACCCUGUUAUCAAAGAGGGCUUGGUUGAUCUAUUCUCUUAUGUAAAUAAGAGAAGUACUGUAUUACAGUACUAUCCCUCAAAAGGAAGGUCAAUGAUGGAAAUAUAAAACAUCUGAACAGGGUCUAACUCCCUCUGCCUCUCAGUCCUUUUAUGGGUUAAGUACUAAGCAUAAAUCCCAUAUGGAACUUAGCUUUUCAACAAGAAAAGGAUUUACAAGGUGAAGAGGCUCAAAUAACCUUCCCCAUUCAAGAAAACUAACAUUUGGUAGUCUAAUCCAAAUGCAAUUGGCCUAUCUAAAAAAAAAAGAAUCAUGCUCUUUAAAUUUCCUCAGAAAGGGUUUCUUCUGUCUGGACAGUUCCUAUUUAAGUACUGUACAGGCAUUCCUUGAUUUAUCAAAAGAAUUUUAUUCUUGAAAAACCUUCCAUAACUCGAUUUUUCAUAAAUUGGGUCACAGACUCCCAUUGUAAAGCCAAGAUAUGUUCCUGCAAAAAUAAAAACAAACAAAAAUUGGUGUACACAAUAAUUAUAAGCUAAUAAUAAUGGGUUUGAAUCCUGGUUCAGGACACACAAGGAUAGGGCAUUAAUCAGCAUAAUUCUACCACUACCAAUUAUCACAGGUUUCCUCCUGUACUAACACUGGAUAAUAAAGUUCACAACAAAGAACAGAUCAAACACCUGAAAACCUAGUAAGCUGCUAAGGGGUGAAAUGACAAGUAAUAAAAAUAAAACUAUAUACUGCACUACAUGAAAUACAUGCAGUGGAGGGCACAGAAGUUACUGUGCCACUGGUUGUGAUGCAGUGCAAGACUGUAAGGCUCAUUCAAGACAUAUGGUAUUAAAUUCAGUGACGUACCAACAGUAAAUCUACUUCACUAUAUGAGUACAUACAGAACAGCAUAUACAUUCUGAAGUUUUGCUUUCACUGUUUUUUAUUCUUAUUGAAGUUUUAUCUGAAAAAGAAAUGCUAAACUUCUUCCUAUAACUCCGUGUGUACAAGGGUCUCUGUGGUGAAUAAAAUCGUCAGGCAUUAACCAAAUAAAACAUCAAGAAUGAAGUGAAGGGGUUAAUGGAGAUAGUCUAAUAGCCCCUUGUGUACUGGGGCCUCACUGUGCUGACUAAAACCACCCGAUGUUAGCCAAAUAAAAUAUCAAAAGUGGCAUCCCCUUCCCUAAAGGGUUAACAAUUUAUUCUUUCCAUUGACAGGAGAUUGAACGUUAAAUAAACACAUCAGUCUUCCCAUAGUCGUAACAUCGUGUCAGUGUCUUACCACUACUUCAUGUACUGAUCCUGUGAGCCAGGAUAUUUAAAACAAUAUGUACGGUACUGUUCAGUCUCUCCUCGACUUACGACGGGGUUCCAGGUCAUAAGUCGAAAAGGCGAAAAUAAUACAUAGAAAUUGUAAA